AUGACUCUCUCGAUCCGCCCCGCUUGCCACCUGGGAAUCAUCUCGCGAGUCCAUCGUCGCCUGUCCGACAUCGAGCGUCAGUCUGUCCGGUCCGGCUCCGUCUACUGCUUUGACGAACGUGAGGCCGGCAUGAGACGCUGGACGGACGGCAAGUCUUGGAGCCCGAGCAGGGUCACGGGCAGCUUCUUGACGUACCGUGAGCUCGACGAUUCUCCAAACCCCGCCGCUACCGGCGCGGCAAAGACAGUCUACCGGCCCGAUGGUUUGCUCAAGCAGUCCUUCUCGAUUACCACUUCGGACAACAAGAAGCUCCAUCUCAUCUCCUACUACACCAACGAGGACGUUGCCUCUGAGCGUCUCUUCGAGACUCCCUCGCGCGACCCUCGCUUUGCAAACAUCGUUAUCCCUAAGGGUAUUUAUCCCGAGACCUCCUCGCAUGCCGCAGGUCUUGCCGCUCCUUCUUCGGGUGCCACCUCUGAUUCUGCCUCAGCCACAUCAACCCAUCACUCUAGCCCAUCUCCUCCUACGCCCCAUCGCUCAAGGCAUCGCCCUCAUCACCGCGCCUUCCAAAACAAUAAUAUCAAGGAUGACGCCGAGCAUCUUCGCCGCAUUGACACCAUGGCCGGACACCGCCGGACGCACUCUGGUAACCUCAGUGUCAUGAGCCGCUACUCCCCCAUCCAGACCAGCAACGAUAACUUGCACAGCCUUGGCUCUCGGUCUCGCUCGAACAGCCACAAUGUUGGUGGUCACUCCGCCUCACCAUACUACGGACCCUAUGGCAGUGUUGGCCUUAACCCUGAGAAGCGCUACAAGUCCUCCAGCCCAUCCGCAGGCUCCUCCUUCCCUACACCGCCUCCGAAUGCCUACUCUCCCACCACCUCGUGGGCCUCUGAGGAUGAGCAGCCCAUGAUUGUCGAUACUGUCACGCCCGAGUCCCUGGUGGACCUUCGCCGUGAAGAGUUGAUGAUCCCACCCCUGCGUGAUGUGCCUCAUCAUCAAAACCAGCUCCCUUUGCUGGCCACGAGCUUUGACCACCACAACAAGGUUGCCGGCUUCGGAGCUCACCGAGGCUGUGGACCCGAUAGCAACAACGAGAUGGAGCCUUAUUCUCCCGAGGUCUCGUCUGCCACCACCGUGUCGUCGCACGAGCAGGACUCGUUGUCGGUCCUGGCCAACCUUGCCACCGACACUAUGUUGCUGCCCAAGCUGGAGCCCAAGGAGAUGUCGUCUCGUGACAGAGUCCGUUGGGUCGAGGACGAUCGUCAACUUCGCGCCCUCUCGUCCAUGCUCCGUCUCUAA